AUGCCCCGUCUUACCAGUUACCAUCCCUCACAAAUCCAAUUUGUCAUCCUGAAAAAGUCUUUACAGACUGACCACUGCCUGCCAACGGCCACCUUAAGGCUUAUGCAUCUCGUAUGUGAUGUAGUCAAUUAUAGUCAUCAGUCAUUUUCCCGAGCCUGCCUAAGCCACUCUAGAGAUCGCAUUCUAAUUCCUCCGUCUGUUCACUGUUUGCCACCACCCUCGCCUGCUUCUCCUUUCAAUAUGUUACGACCAGCUGUCCCGCAGAAGAUGAUAAACGUCUCUUCCACGCUUUGA